UGGUGGCUGUGCACUGUGGAUGUCAGAUGCGGUGUAAACUGCGAAGAGGAUCGAGAUUACUGUAUUCUUGAACUCUUUAGAGAAGAUUGGCCGGUGUGAAGAUGUUGUUGUGGCUGCUUGGACCUGCGCUGCUGUCUCGAGCGGCCGGCUUCUAUCUCCCGGGUCUGGCACCCGUCAGCUUCUGUGAGACUGGAAAAGACCAAGUUCCAGACUGCAAGUCGAUCAUUGAGCUGUUUGUAAACAGGCUGGAUUCAGUGGAGUCUGUUCUGCCUUACGAAUAUACUGUGUUUGACUUUUGCUCGGAGAAAACAAUGAAACGUCCAUCUGAGAAUUUGGGACAGGUUCUUUUUGGGGAGAGGAUUGAACCCUCACCAUAUAAGUUUGAAUUUAAGAAACCUGCAGUGUGUCAGAAGGUGUGUACCAAAACCUACGACACCAACAACCCAUCAGACAAAGCCAAACUGGACUUCCUCAAGAAAGGCAUGUUACUCAACUAUCAGCAUCACUGGAUUGUAGAUAACAUGCCAGUAACCUGGUGCUAUGAUGUUGAAGAUGGACAAAAGUUUUGUAAUCCUGGUUUCCCUAUUGGCUGCUACGUCACAGAAGCAGGCCGACACAAGGACGCAUGCGUGGUCAAUUCUAACUUUAAUGAAAAGGAUGCUUUUUACAUCUUUAACCACGUGGACAUUACUAUCCAUUACCACAUUGUUGAACAUGAACAACUCGGAGCACGAUUGGUUGCUGCCAAGAUUGAACCCAAAAGCUAUGAAAACCCUAAUGAUGACAGCCCUGAUUGUUCCGGAGGGCCAAGGUUCCUAAAAAACAAACACACAGGAGUGUUCAAGAUCCCAUACACUUACUCUGUCAACUUUGUGGAAGACAAGAAUAUUCGCUGGGCAUCUAGAUGGGACUACAUCCUGGAGUCAAUGCCUCACACCAACAUCCAGUGGUUCAGCAUAAUGAACUCAUUGGUGAUUGUGUUGUUCUUGUCUGGAAUGGUAGCCAUGAUCAUGCUUCGGACUCUGCAUAAAGACAUCGCCAGAUACAAUCAGAUGGACUCUGUAGAGGAUGCCCAAGAGGAGUUUGGGUGGAAGUUGGUCCAUGGAGAUGUUUUCCGACCUCCCAGAAAGGGAAUGCUGUUGUCGGUUUUCCUUGGCUCUGGAACCCAGAUCUUCAUUAUGACCUUUGUUACCCUUUUCUUUGCCUGUCUUGGAUUCCUCUCUCCGGCGAACCGUGGGGCUUUGAUGACGUGCGCUGUUGUUCUCUGGGUUCUUCUCGGAACUCCGGCUGGAUAUGUGGCUGCUCGCCUCUACAAAUCUUUUGGAGGAGAAAAGUGGAAAACCAAUGUUCUGCUGACAGCCUUCCUUUGUCCUGGGGUGGUAUUUGCAGAUUUCUUUGUGAUGAACUUGAUCCUGUGGGGUGAAGGGUCUUCAGCAUCCAUGCCAUUUGGGACCCUGGUAGCCAUAUUAGCACUUUGGUUCUGUAUCUCAGUGCCACUUACCUUCAUAGGAGCAUACUUUGGCUUCAAGAAGGCAGGUAUUGAACACCCAGUGCGGACCAAUCAGAUUCCUCGUCAAAUCCCGGAGCAGUCAUUCUACACAAAGCCAUUCCCUGGUAUCAUCAUGGGAGGAAUUCUGCCGUUUGGGUGUAUAUUUAUUCAGCUGUUCUUCAUACUGAACUCCAUCUGGUCCCAUCAGAUGUACUACAUGUUUGGCUUCCUUUUCCUUGUCUUUAUUAUCCUGGUGAUCACCUGCUCCGAGGCGACCAUCCUGCUCUGCUACUUCCACUUAUGUGCUGAGGACUACCAUUGGCAUUGGCGUUCCUUCCUGACCAGCGGCUUCACUGCUGUCUAUUUCUUGGUCUAUGCCAUUCAUUACUUCUUCUCUAAGCUGCAAAUCACUGGACUGGCCAGCACCAUUCUGUAUUUUGGAUACACCAUGAUCAUGGCUCUCAUCUUUUUCUUAUUCACUGGUACAAUCGGCUUCUUUGCCUGUUUCUGGUUUGUUACCAAGAUCUACAGUGUGGUCAAAGUAGACUGAAGGAUUCCAACACAAAGCAGACUAUACAUUGCUGGAAUGGCUGGAGGUUGUUUUUUUUCCAUCACUCUCUGGAACAUGCAGCACUGUCAAACUGAACUGAAUAUUAUAACCUGAACCUUCACCUUUGCAUUUCCUCAAGCACAGAGGACUUUCUGCUUCUGACAGAUGACAGUUUCCUUUCUUUCUGUGCCUAUAAUGUUUUUGUGUGAACAUGUGUACACUGGGUUGUAAUUUUAAACAUACAGUAUCAAUCUUGAUGAAAUAAAUAAUAACUGUACGA